CUGCGGAAGGAAGGAGUUAUUUCGUUCUAUGCUUUGCAUCUUUACCGCUUGCCAAACAGUAGGAUUUGGAAAAAUGAAACAUUGGAAUUGUUCGAAAGGAUACCAUCCUUGUGAUACUUAUCAGGAUGCAAAUUCGUAGAAAUAAUUUUAGGUAUAUUUUAAUGACGACGACGCUACUUUUUCUUUCGGAUUGGAAGGAAAGUCUAACAGGGAAGGGCCAAGGGCCAAGGGGGGCUGAAUAUAUCAAAGUGUUAGAACGAUUCGAGAGGGGCAUUGUUCAAAUGUACUUGCCAUCACGUGAUAGCGCGGGAGAGGAAAUGCAAAAUCAUUCUUGCGGGAACGAACUUAUAAGUGGACCUACUCUAGAAACGACGUGGCUGUUUAGAAAGAAGGGGAAGGUUUUGAUACAUUUAUUCGUUAAAAAAGAUAUCAUUCUACCGGAAAGAAUUUUGCAGAGCGAAAUUUAUGACUGGAGUGAUUCACGUGUUGUACGAAGUGCUUCUGGCUAGGCCCAACUGAUGUAAACAGGCAAGACACUGCCACGGAGAUACUAGUUCCUUGUUUGUUUUCAAGGGCCAGAUGGAUGGAAUUUGAUACUUUUAUACAGUUCGUAUAGUAUUUAGUAAACUGCAGGCGGUCAAAAGAGACUGUUUACCGGAGCUGAUGGCAGGUUCAAGUGUGAAGGUUGCCGUUAGGGCAAGACCAUUGAAUAAGAGGGAGAUAGAUUUGGGUGCUGAGAUUAUUCUGUCGAUGGAAGACAAAAGCGUGAAGAUUGUGAAUAAAAAGGUAAAACAUGAUUUGUCCUUGGAUCAACAUGUUGUCAAGAAUCCCUUCUAUGAGAAGCAGUUUUCAUUCGACUAUGCCUAUUGGUCAGUUUCUGAAAAUGAUCCACACUACACACGACAGGAUCAGAUUUACAGAGACUUGGGAGAAGAUGUUGUCCAGUCAGCUUUGCUUGGUUACAAUGCCUGCAUCUUUGCAUACGGACAAACAGGAGCGGGCAAAACCUUCACAAUGAUGGGCAGUGGAAAGAAUACAGGUCUCAUUCCGAGGAUAUCGGAGAAGCUGUUUACAAGUUUGGAUUCCUCCAGCGAAACUUCGUCAAGGGUUGAAAUUAGCUAUAUCGAAAUAUACAACGAGCAAGUUCGAGAUCUGCUGAGGUCUGCCCGGUCCAAAGACAAAAAGCCGGACAAUCUUCGAAUAAGGGAGCACCCAAAAGAAGGGCCUUUUGUGCAAGGAGUUACCGUUCACCCAGUGUCAGAUUUUGCGCAGAUGGAACACUUCAUGAACAUUGGGAAUGCUGCAAGAGUCACUGCUUCAACAAUGAUGAACGAUACCAGUAGCAGAUCUCAUGCUAUAUUCUGCAUUAAAUUUACUCAGGCCAAAUUUUCCGAAAAUGUUCCAAGUGAAACUGUGAGCAAAUUGAAUCUCGUCGAUUUAGCCGGCAGCGAAAGAGCAUCUGCCUCUGGUGCAACUGGGGUGCGGCUAAAAGAAGGUGGAAGCAUUAACAAGUCUCUUUCAACUCUGGGACUAGUCAUUUCAGCACUAGCUGAAAAGUCGACAAAUCUUUCCAAUACCACUGGUUCUAUCAGAAAGUCUACAUUUGUACCAUACAGGGACUCAGUCCUGACAUGGCUUUUGAAAGACAGCCUUGGGGGCAAUUCAAAGACAAUAAUGAUUGCAGCAAUUUCCCCCGCAGACGUGAAUUAUGGCGAGACCCUAAGCACUCUUAGAUAUGCUAGCCGUGCUAUGAAGAUUGUUAACAAACCUACAAUCAACGAGGAUCCGAACGUCAAGCUCAUUAGGGAACUGCGAGCCGAAAUAGAAAGACUGAAGGAAAUGAUUCUAAACAGUUCUGCGAAGGAUUCUUAUUCAAAGACUGUUAAUGAAGCUAUCGAAGCUAAACUGGCAGAAGAUGAGCAAAAGGCCGAAGAGCUUAUCCAAACGUGGAAAAACAAAUGGAAUGAGACACAAACAAUAUGUCAGGAAGAGCAGCUGAUCAUGCGGAGGAGAGGGAGGCAAACGUUGUUGAUAUCAGAGAAGCCACAUCUCGUUGGCAUUGAUGUCGACCCGCUGAGUGCAGAAAUCGUCAUCUAUCGCCUAGAAAAUGGAGUUACUGUCAUAGGGUCUGAAGAUUUGACAGAAGAGCAAGGAAUUGCGUUAUAUGGUUCAGGUAUCGAUAAAGAGCACUGUCUGAUUAUCGUCAACAAAAAUGGAACUGACGUUUUAAUAAAACCUAUCUCGGCAAAGUGCUAUGUGAACGGAAAUAUCGCAGAAGGUGAACAGAAAUUGAACCAAGGAGAUAUCAUACAAUUUGGCGACUGUCUUAAAUUCAGGUUCAAUAAUCCAAAGGAGGCUGAAUUGCUGAUUGAGAAACGGAGGUCUGGAAACUUCUCUCUCGCGUUCUCGAUGAGUUAUUCCAAAGACCGAAGUCUAGAUUCCGGCCUCAGCUGUCCGGAUGAUGACCUGGAUCUAAACGAAAAUGAAAAUUUGACACCGCAGGAUGUCAUCUCCAGUGUCAGCUGUCCGGAUUUUGAUGGCAAACAGAGAAGAGCAGCAUCAUUAAAUGCCGAGUCGCAGACAAGCCAAAUACACCCGAAACUGCGACGAACAGCAUCACAUUCUCCCCUGUUGCCAGAGACAAGCAGGUUUGAAGAUUCUUUUGACAAGUUUGGAGAGUCACCACCCAAAGUGACAAAAGCACCACUUCGGACUUCAACUCCUGUUUCAAAAAAUUUCCGGCGAUGGUCACAGGGCGACAGCGGCGAUAAGCACCUUUUUGCUGGAAGAAUAUCUUUGGCUGAUCGAACCUUGUCUUUUAACACGGAGGAUUUCGAUGAGAAGAGAAACGUUGUGCGUGAUAUGAUGAACAAAUAUAGAAAAAAAGAAGUGGAUCGUAUAGAAAAUGACAGGCAAUUUCGCAGAAAAGCAGAUCAAGAAAUGGAACGAUUGAAACAAGAGAAAAUAAAGUUGGAAAACUUGCUAAAAAAGCAUCAAGAAAACAUGGAGACUGCAGAUGUAGAACUAAUGGAAUGCAAAGACAAUUCGAAGGUGCAGAAGGCUGAAAGAAGAGCGGUUGUAGAAGGGUAUGUUGAUCGGAUCGUCGAAUCGAUGAGAAAAAAGACCCGUGCGUCCCCGGAAUUGGAAAGGGAUCUUCAAAAACGAAAAUUUCAAAUACGGAGUAAAGUUGAAGAAUUUUGGAAGAAAAUGGACCUUUAUGAAAACUGUUUACUUGGUAUUGAGUUAGAAAAAAAGAAGCAAAGAAAUUCAAACCUUGGUAAGGAAAACGGAAAAGGUAAAUUAAGAGCAGUGAAAAGUGAGCCUGUUCGCUCAAAGCGUCCUGACAGCAAUAAUAAGGAGCAGAGAAAGAUCCUUGCGGAACUCCUUUCAAGACAUAAAGAAGCUCUUCUUAUUAAUGAGAAAAAGUUAGAACAUAUUGAUACAUCAGUAGAUGUCUGCGAGAAAAAGUAUGCAGAGCGAUUGCAGCAAGGUUUUACAUUGCUGAAAGAACUGAAGGACCAAAAGGUUCUUACUGAAAAUCUUAUUGAACAAGAAAAGUCUCCCGAGGAAGCACGUUCGAGAGCAGAUUCUGGCCGUGUGCACACUUUGAGGUACGUUAAUAGUGUCAGUAGUCCGCUGCAUAUUGAACAGGAAGUUGGAAUGGCGGCAGAGAACAGUGCAAAAACGAUGUUUGAAUUUGAAAACGCGUUUGAAACUGGGACACAAGAUGAAAUGCAGCAUAUAUCUGCAGAUAUUAGGCAUCGAAAUUUGUCUAAGACUCCUAGCAAAUGCGAGAGGCUAGAAGUAAGGAAAGAUAAAUAUGAAAAUAUGAUAAAGGAUGCUGAAAGGUCGAUCUUAGAGCUGAAAAAUGCAAGGGCUUUGGAGGCAGAUCAGUACAGUAUAGAGAAGCAAGAUACGUUAGAUCUUUGCAAGAAAAUAGAAAGAAGAAUAGAGGAUGAUCAAGCUAGAUUGACAGCUCUUGCAAGGGAAAGUGACUGCAAUGGGGAGCUAAUCAAAUCUGACGUUAAUUCAGAGAGAGAGCAGCUUCUCCAAUCGAGAGUAAAAGUGGCUGAUUUAUUCGAAAAGUCAUUGCAAGCUAGUCUGAAAGAUGCGACUUCCGAGAUUAAAGAAUUGCACAGAACGAGCUGGGGUGGGUUCGGCCUUUCCAGGGCACACAAAUAUGCGGGCAUUAAUGAGUUUAUUGACUGCGUAAUGAAGUCUGUAGAGAUCUACAACCUUGAAGAAAUUGCCGAGAAAGAGUCAGAGCUUGUUGUCUUGAAAAAAGAUGUGGAUACGACGAAUGCAAGGCUGAGAGAGGUAGAGGAAAAAGAGGCAUCGUUACAGGUUAAGGUUUUGAAUCAAAUGGAAAAACGAAAAGUUCGUUCAGACUUAUCCAGAGUAAAGCAUUACCAAGAGAUAUCCAGAAGUGUCGAGCAACUUAUUGCAGUUUCUGAAGGCAAAGAUCCCACUAAAUCUUCGCUGCAUUUGUCAAAGGAAGCACAUCUUCUUGCAAAAAGCAGAGAGAAAUUAGAAGAUCUUGAAAAGUCGAUGUUGACAAAAGUGAAGGAAAGCAAGAAUCUUCAACAGAAGCUACGUAAUGUGCAAGAAAGGCUAAAGAGCACUUCAAAUGAGUUUGAUGAUUAUGAUGAUGCUGUAGAUUGUAGAAUCGAAUUAGAGAUGGAGGAACUUGAGUACAAAAAGGAGGAAUGCGAUCAGGAUAUUAACAAGCUUUAUGAAAGAUUAGAAGAAGAAAGACAACAAUACAUUGAUAUACUUAAAUGCAAAGAGGAUUAUGUCAUCAUUGGCAAAGAAUACAGGGAAGCAAGGCAGAUUAUGAUGAAGGUUUUAGGCAACCAGGCUGCUGCAGAUGUGCAGAAAGAGGUGUUCUGGGCUUCAAAUGCACUCGAUCUCGUUGAACAGGGUGUAGACCCUUCAGAAUCUCCAUUAUGUGGCGGCUGGAGACCUUUAGGAAGAGACAAAGAUGUUACUGUCAUGAGAAAGAUAUUGAAGAACGGCGUUCAGUGCUUCAUUGGCUGUGGUGUGAUCAAGGUCGCACCUCGUGUUGUUUGGGAGUCCGUACGAAAUCCACUGUCCCGUUUUAUCUAUGACAAUCUUUUGAAGAAAAUCAACGUUGUCGAACAUGUGGCUGAUAAUCUUAAAGUUGUUUAUAUGCGUCAUGAGGGUAGAGUCUGCGUCAUGAGGCAUAGUCGGGAUUCCUGUAUAAUUCACUCCGAACGAGACCAGAGUGACAUGAUGAUAGCCGCGUCACAGUCCGUCGAACAUCCCGACUGUCCUGAAUUCCCAAACAUCAUUCGAAUGAAGCUCCUUCCAAGUGGUUGGGCUGUCGAGCCUCACUUUGUGGAUUGCAAUGAAUGGUCUUUGGUGUGGUAUAUAGUGAAGGUGAACCUUGGAGGGUCGCUGCCCAACGCAUUGUUAAAUUUCCUGUGCAAGAGGCUGCCGUUGAGCAUCGCAUACCUGAGGUCAUACCUCAUUUUAAACUAAUGUUAGCAAUUAUCGACAUAUUAGUAAACAAUUAAAUUGCAAAAAUAUUGGAGUUAUUAUAUAUAAGGAAUCGCUAUCCACCUCAUAUUUUAUAAAAUCUAAAAUUGGGAAAACUUUUUAUGAUAAUUAAAAAAAUCAUUAAAUUCUUGCUUUAAGAAUAGAGUUCUAAAGUGAUGACGUCACUCAAAUCUUUUUUAGAAUUUUUUGAUUUGGAUCCCAUAACCUGAAAGAGCAUCAUGAAAUACCUCUAAAUUUGCAAAAUCAGGCAAGUGUAUUACGAAAUGGCAGAGAUAUGGCCACAUGUUUAUUGGUUCUCUCCCCAUCAAACCUCUGUAUUUUGGUCUCUGUUCUUAACUUUAUAAACAGAGCCAAAAUAACAGUGAUUCCUUAGCAAACUUUAAAUCUUUCAUUGUGAUCUUUUGCCUAUUUGAAAGUAUUUCAUGGUGAUCUGUUACGCUAUGUGGUUAAAAUUCAAAAAUUCUAAAAAGGUUUUUGAUGACGUCACAUUUUAGAACUCUAUUUGCAGGUUUAAAAGAAUCAUUAUAAACGUAUUAUUUUAUUAAUAUGCAGCUGUAAAUAUUAUUUAAUUGAUGCAUCUCGAAAAAAAUCAUAAAUUGUAGGUAUUCAAGUCGAGGUGCUGGUAAAUAUUUUCGAUAAAAUUACGAUACAUUUGUUUAUGGAUAAAUUUAUCUGAAUUGUUUACAAUACCAGUAGUGAGGCUGUUUUAACCAUGAAAGCGAACAUUUUGAAUCUGCGUGAAUUCUUCUGUG